AUGAGCCUUCAAGAUGCCGGCUGCGGCUAUGCUAGCACCAACGCUAACGCCAAUGUGGUGGCUAACACGGCUAGCGGCAGCAUGCGGCGGCUCCUGGAGGACCAGGAGUUCACCCUGCGCGUCUACCCGGGCGCCCUGGCCGAGGGAACCAUCUACUGCCCCGUGGGCGCCCGCAAGAGCACCACGGCUGCCGAGGCCAUCGAGAGCCUGCUGGAGCGCCUGAGCCUGGACGGCACCAAAUGCUACGUGUUAGCCGAGGUGAAGGAGUUCGGCGGGGAGGAGUGGAUACUUAACCCCAGCGACUGCCCCGUCCAGCGGAUGAUGCUCUGGCCCCGCAACGCCCUGGAGAACCGCUGCGGCCUGGGCAGUGGCGAGGACUACCGCUUCCUGCUCCGCGAGAAGAACCUGGACGGCUCCAUCCAUUAUGGGGGGAGUCUCCAGAUGUGGCUGCUUGUGACCGAGGAGCGCCGCCGCAUGGUGGAACGGGGUUUCCUGCCCCAGCCCGCAGGGGGCGAGCACCCUUCCGAUCUGUGCGCUCUCCCCGAGCUGACGGAGCGCGCCCUGCUGGAGAGCCUGCGCGCACGCUUCCGUCAGGAGAAGAUCUACACCUACGUAGGCUCCAUCCUCAUCGUCAUUAACCCUUUCCAGUUCCUACCCAUCUAUAACCCCAAGUAUGUCAAAAUGUACGACAACCAUGCGCUGGGCAAGCUGGAGCCGCACAUCUACGCGGUGGCGGACGUGGCGUACCACGCCAUGCUGCAGCGACGGAGGAACCAGUGCAUCGUCAUAUCCGGCGAGAGCGGCUCGGGGAAGACCCAGAGCACCAACUUCCUGAUUCAUCACCUGACCGCCCUCAGCCAGAAGGGAUUUGCCAGCGGGGUGGAGCAGAUCAUCCUGGGUGCGGGGCCUGUGUUAGAGGCAUUUGGGAACGCCAAGACAGCUCACAACAACAACUCCAGCCGCUUUGGCAAGUUCAUCCAGGUCAACUACCAGGAGAGUGGUACCGUCCGGGGAGCGUACGUGGAGAAGUACCUUCUAGAGAAGUCACGUCUGGUCUACCAGGAGCACAAUGAAAGGAACUACCAUGUGUUCUACUACCUGUUGGCUGGAGCCAGUGAGGAGGAGAGGAAGGCCUACCACCUGCUCAAACCUGAGGAGUACCACUACCUCAACCAGAUGACAAAGAAAUCUCACAGACUCCACUGGGAAAAUUACUAUGAGAGCGAGCUGGACUGCUUCACUGUGGAAGGGGAGGACCUCAAGCACGACUUUGAGCGGCUGCAGUUGGCUAUGGAGAUGGUGGGGUUCCUGCCUGCCACACGCAAACAGAUCUUCUCCCUGCUGUCUGCUAUCCUCCACCUGGGCAACAUCCGCUACAGGAAGAAGUCCUACAGGGACGACUCCAUAGACAUCUGUAACCCAGAGGUGCUGCCCACCGUCUCGGAGCUGCUCGAGGUGAAGGAGGAGAUGCUGUUCGAGGCGCUGACCACCAGGAAGACUAUCACGGUGGGAGAGCGGCUGAUCGUGCCAUACAAACUGGCAGAGGCUGGAACCGUGCGGGACUCCAUGGCCAAAUCCCUGUAUAGCGCCCUGUUUGACUGGAUCGUCUUCAGGACCAACCAUGCCCUGCUCAACAACAAAGACCUGGAGGACAGUGCCAAGAUUCUUUCAAUUGGAGUGUUGGACAUCUUUGGCUUUGAAGACUACGAGAACAACAGCUUUGAGCAGUUCUGCAUCAACUUUGCCAACGAGAGGCUCCAGCACUACUUCAAUCAGCACAUCUUUAAGCUUGAGCAGGAGGAGUACAGGGCAGAGGGCAUCAGCUGGCACAACAUCGACUACAUCGACAACACCGGCUGCAUCAACCUCAUCAGCAAGAAGCCCACUGCGUUGCUCCACCUGCUGGACGAAGAGUGCAAUUUUCCCCAGGCCUCUAACCAGACCCUGCUGGACAAGUUCAAGCGGCAGCACGAGGGGAACAGCUACAUCGAGUUCCCCGCUGUCAUGGAGCCCGCCUUCAUCAUCCACCACUACGCCGGCAAGGUCAAAUAUGGGGUCAAGGACUUCAGGGAGAAGAACACAGACCACAUGCGUCCGGACAUCGUGGCCCUGUUGAAGAGCAGUAAGAACGCCUUCAUUUGUGGCCUGAUGGGCAUCGAUCCCGUGGCCACCUUCCGCUGGGCCGUGCUCAGAGCCUACUUCAGAGCCAUGGUGGCCUUCAGGGAGGCCGGGAAGAGACACACCGACAAAAAGACUGGGAAUGAUACUGCUGUACCAUGUGUCGUCAAGAGCGUGGACAGCUUCAGCUUCCUCCACCACCCUGUGCACCAGAGGAGCCUGGAGAUCCUGCAGAGAUGCAAAGAUGAGAAAUACAGUAUCACUAGGAAGAAUCCCCGGACCCCCUUGUCAGACCUCCAUGGCACCAACACACUGAACGAGAAAUCCGCCAGGGAUGGUUAUGGUGUGGGCUGUAACGGGCGUAGCUCCAUACAGGGUCGUCUGUCUUCCUCAGGCUCGGAGUUCGAUGACGGCGUCUUCGUCAACUCCACUAGCAGCAAGCUCCUGGAGAGAGCGCAGGGCAUCCUCAUGCGGAACAAAAACUAUAAGUCCAAGCCCUGCCUACCGAAGCACCUGCUGGACGUGAAGUCUCUGAGGUACCUGAGCAGUGUGACCCUCCACGACCGCAUCACCAAGUCCCUCCUCCACCUGCACAAGAAGAAGAAGCCGCCCAGCAUCAGCGCCCAGUUCCAGGCCUCCCUGAACAAGCUGAUGGAGACCCUGGGUCAUUCGGAACCCUACUUUGUCAAGUGUAUCCGCUCCAAUGCAGAGAAGCUCCCACUGCGUUUCAACGAUGCCCUGGUGCUCAGGCAGCUGAGGUACACAGGCAUGCUGGAGACUGUCCGCAUCCGCCAAUCAGGAUACUCCAUCAAAUACACCUUCCAGGACUUUGUGCGUCACUUCCGUGUGCUCUUACCAGACAGAACUAGACCAACCAAGUCUGGCAUCCGGGAGUUCUUUCGUCAGGUUCACCUAGCACCUGCUGGGUAUCAAGUGGGCAACACAAUGGUGUUCUUGCGGGAGGCAGAGCGUCAGCGGCUGCAGGCCCUGCUCCACACGGAGGUGCUGCGGUGCAUCGUCACGCUGCAACGCCGCUUCCGAGCCCGGCUGGAGAGGAAACACUUCAUCAGGAUGAGACAGGCCGCUGAUGUCAUCCAGAGGUGGUGGCGGGGCUGCCUGCUCAGACAGUCGGAGGCGGCAGUGGACCCAGCUGUCCAGGAGGAGGCAGCAGUGUGCCUGCAGGCAGCAUGGAAGGGCUACAGGGAGCGCAGGCUGUUCCUGCAGUGGAAGGACUCUGCCCUGAUAAUACAGAGGAGCUGGAGAAAGAGUAGCCAGCGCAGGGUUCUGGCGGCCAUUACGGUGCAGACAGCCUGGCGGGCCUACAGAGAGAGAGCCCACAAUUGUAGGACACACAGUGCAGCGACACUGCUACAGGCAGCGAGUAGGGGCUACCUGGCACGCCUAAGGUUCACAGAACUAAAAGAGCAGAGUAUGCAUGAAAAGCAGUUGCUCAAUGGACAAAGGAGCCCCACCACAGAAGAAAGAAAGCCAGAGAGGACCAUGGGCCUGGAUACUGACACCUCGGACGAACAGGUCCUCGAGAUCAACCACAAUCAUGACAUCCAAGAUGUCUCCACAGUCUGGCCUGCUGAAGACUCUAAGGAGUCUAAGUCGGCAUGUUUAGUGAAGGAGGAGGAAGAAGGAGAGAGCGAGAGAAGCCAGAGUAUAGAGGAGCCCAACUGCCACAAGACGCGGGCCAAGAGACAGAGCCGGCGCAUGAGGGAGCUGGAGCAGGCCCAGUUCAGCCUGGAGCUACUCAAGGUGCGGACCCACAGCACAGGAGCAAUUCUGCAAGAGGAGGAGACCCCUGUACCCCCGUGUCCGGACAGCACCCCCUGUCCCCUGGACGACCACCAGCCCUCCUUGCCCCACCGAGGCUUCCCCGUUAGCCACGGGAGCUUUGAGCUGCUCGACACCACCGUGGAUGUGGAGGCGGGAAGGCCUGGUUACCCCGGUUGCCAUGAUAACCAGUCCACGCUGCUCUGGACCUCUUCCCAAGAGGAUUUGAAUGGACCAAUGUCUCCAGAGUCCCAGCCCCAGCCAGAGAAGGACCCAGAGGUGGUAAAUGAGAAUGAUCCAAGCUCCAGGAUGGAGGAACUACCUGCCAUGAUACCAUCCCCAAUCAAGGAGGUGGUGGCAGAGGAUCCACAAGCUACCUUCUAUAUCCCCUCUGAGGACCAAAGCAGCGAGCCCAAGCAAGAGAGCCCAGGCAAGCCCGUGAAGGAGAGACGAGAGUCCGCCUUACAAAGGCCCGUGGUUGUGGUCAUCAGCAUGCAGAAGGAGACCCCUCUGGAGGGGGAGCUGUGGGCGGCGCCAGCCCAAGAGAGUGCACUCCAGACCGGUGUGACCACCACUGCCUCCCGCCUUACACCCAUCGCCGGCCUGGAAGUAUCAGAGAAGGCCCAGCCACCCAGUACUGUUACCCAGCCUCGGAGAGACUUAGCUGGGGUAGACAGGUCUAGCUUGGUCCCCUCCUCCACCUCCACCCAUGGCCUUUGUCCUUCCGAGGUAGACAUCCAGAUAGUCCCCGAGCCCAAGGCCCCAUCCGGUGAAGUCCUACCCAGCCAGGUGGAGAGGAAGGCAGGCUGGCCGGUGCAGGACAGCUGGGUCUCCACCAACAGUAUCCUGGAGAGUAGGGAAGUUUCCAGCAAAGCAGCAGCCAAGGCACCACAGAAGAGCCCAACCCAGACCAUCAUUGUCAGUAUGACCGAGAAGCCCCCCACCAACACUACAUUCUGCUCCCGACGCAAGCUCCCCUUCUCCAAGUCUGAUAAGGACCUGGUGAACCAGGAGCGGUCGUUGGCCAUGCAUAGACAGGAGGCCUCCGCCUCUAGAGCCACCGCUGGACAGAGAACCAAAGAGGUGGGCCGGCCCGGCCCCAAAAAGAAAGCCCGUAUGUCUCGGACCCGCUCCGACUUCCUGACCCGCUGUAACUCCGAGGGGGCGGGCCAGUCAGACGAUGACGAUGUCGACACGUUCUACACCCCCGCCCUGUCCCGCACGCUGCCCCUCCUCCCCCCGUCCCCCCUGACCCACCCCAAGGGGGGCACUGAGCCGGCCUGUUACAGUGACUCUGAAAUGGCUUCUCACAAGGAAGAGCAUAAGAAGUUCCACAAGACUAUGUCUUCAGGGGACCUGGGCAAGGUAGCAGCGCUUGGGAAGACAUCCAGUCAGGAUGGAAGCAGAGUGCGAGGGAAGAUGCGUUUCUGGGGCAAGGCCAAGCAUGCAGAGAAGAAGCUGUCCAGAGAGAAGCAGCAGACCACCAGGAGUGAGUCCACACAGGGAGACGGCACCGACAAGACAGAUGGCAUGUCAUCUCCCCCCCACAGUCCCGACCUGACUGCAACCAGGGGCCGGGAUUCCAAGGAGAACAAGGACACCUCUCCCAAAGUGCGGAGACGCAGCGUCAAGAUCAGCAGUGUGGCCCUAGAGCCUGCCCAGUGGCAGAACGACGCUCUGCACAUCCUCACCAGCGCCCAUGACUACAGGAGCAUGAAUGACUUCCUCAUGAAGAAGAUCAAUGACCUGGACUCUGAGGACGGCAAGAAGGACACCUUGGUGGACGUGGUCUUCAAGAAGGCUCUGAAGGAGUUCCGUCUCAACAUAUUCAACUCCUACUCGACCGCUCUGGCUAUGGAUGACGGUAAGAGUAUCCGUUAUAAGGACCUGUAUGCCCUGUUUGAACACAUCCUGGAGAAGAGCAUGCGGCUGGAGCAGAGGGACUGGCGCGAGUCGCCCGUCAAGGUCUGGGUCAACACCUUCAAGGUCUUCCUGGAUGAGUUCAUGACCGAGUACAAGCCCAUGGACAGCACCAUCGGCAAGGCCCCCAAACCAGAACGCAAGAAGAGGAGGAAAAAGGAACCUGACAUUGUUGAGGAGCACAAUGGGCACAUCUUCAAGUCCACCCAGUACAGCAUCCCCACCUACUGCGAAUACUGCUCCUCUCUUAUCUGGAUGAUGGACCGGGCCUGCGUCUGCAAACUGUGUCGGUACGCCUGCCAUAGAAAGUGCUGCUCUAGGAUGACCACGAAAUGUAGCAAAAAGUACGACCCGGAACUGUCGUCCAGGCAGUUUGGCGUGGAGCUGUCUCGUCUGACCAGCGAGGAGAGGACAGUGCCCCUGGUGGUGGAGAAGCUCAUCAACUACAUUGAGAUGCACGGCCUCUACACCGAGGGCAUCUUCAGGAAGUCUGGCUCCACCAAUAAGAUCAAGGAGCUCCGGCAGGGGCUGGACACAGAUGUGAGCAGCAUGAACUUGGACGAUUACAACAUCCACGUCAUUGCCAGCGUGCUCAAACAGUGGCUCCGCGACCUGCCCAACCCUCUGAUGACCUUUGAACUCUACGAGGAGUUCCUCCGAGCCAUGGGCCAGCCAGACAAGCGGGAGGUGAUCCGUGGGGUGUACUCUGUGAUUGACCAGCUCAGCCGAACCCACCUGAGCACCCUGGAGCGCCUCAUCUUCCACCUGGUCAGGAUCACUCUGCAAGAGGACACCAACCGUAUGUCGGCCAACGCCCUGGCCAUAGUUUUCGCCCCCUGCAUCCUCCGCUGCCCCGACACCAUCGACCCCCUGCAGAGUGUCCAGGACAUCGGCAAGACCACAGCGUGUGUGGAGCUGAUCAUUGGAGAGCAGAUGAAUAAGUACAGGGCCAGACUGAAGGACAUCAACAGCCUGGAGUUUGCUGAGAACAAGGCCAAGAGCAGACUGACACGCAUCAGGAGGUCCAUGAAACCUGUACUAAUCGCUGUUAGGUUUAUUGGCAUAACCCGCACAGCCACCCCGGGCAAAGGUGGUCUUCGGAGGGGUAGCAGCCACCACACGCCCUCCCCACCCCUCAGCCCCAGAGCGCCCCCGGUGGACGGGGACAGUGCUGGAGAGGAGGGGGCAGAGCCAGGGCUGACGGAACAGCAGCAGGCCGUCAUGCAGCAGGAGGAGAGGGUCCUUACCGAGCAGAUCGAGAGCCUGCAGAGAGAGAAAGAGGAGUUGACGUACGAGAUGUUGAUGUUGGAGCCGCGGGCAUCUGAUGAUGAGACUCUGGAGUCGGAGGCCUCGAUAGGAACAGCAGACAGCUCUGAGAACCUCAGCAUGGACCAUGAGGGAGCCGCCUCCAACCCCUCUGCCAAGAGCCGCCGCGGCCUCCGGAGACAACCCGACUCUGUGGACUCGGUCGACUCCAUCUUGUCCACCGCCUCUUCCUCGCUCUCCUCCUCCUCCUACCACCCCUCCUCCUCGGUUAUCCCUCCUUCCCCCAACUACCGCUUCCGCUCCUCCUCAUCUGGCCCCCUGCUCGCCUCCUGCUCGUCGGGCCUAGGAGUCCCCAUAGUGCAGUCUGAGGGGGACCCGAGGGGCACUGUGGGGGUGAAGAGUCGCCACCGCCUCCGGCUGAGUAGGAGCUCGCCGCGUGAAGCCCCCGAGGGCCACAGAAGGGAGUCUGACUUCAGCUCGCCGCCCCAACAGCUGGUUCUGUAUGGCAGUAACGAGUUUAUGGUGUGAGGGAGAGUGGCGGAGAGACGAGACAUCCGAACCGCCUUCUAUCUCCCAUGCCGAUAGAAUGUGUAUGAGGGAGGGAGGGAGUGAAACAGGGCUGGAAUGGGCCAUGUAAGCAUCCGUGUCUCACUUCUGUCCUCCCCUAGCUGUGCUCACCUCUCUACUUCUUCCCUGUGCCAGUCUUGCCUUGGAGGUCUGCCGCCGUCCCACGAUGCAGUUGGGCGCUAUCCGCUUGGAGGGAGUGGGCUGAGAGUGAAGUGAAAGAUGAUGAACGGAGAGGGAGAAAGAGAGAUGGAAUGAAUGAACGAAAAAAAAUAGGAAGCCUCGGGAACUAAGAUGGAGGAGAGGCUGUAGAGGAAAUAAAAGGGCGACAGAGAGAGAGAGAGAGAGACGGAGAGUGAGGAAAAGGAUGAGGGCGGCUGCCUUGACUCACCUGUCUUUUUGAACUUUGACCUCCAAACCCCUUGACCCCUGCUGGAGCCUCAGGGGCACAGGGGGGCUGGAGAGAAUUAAAAAAUAGAAGCUACAGCGCCAUCUUUUGAGUGGAGGUCUAAAGUGGCUUGAGCCACUCAAUUGCAGAGUAACUGACUGAGAGGACUGUCCACCAUUUUGAUAAGAAGCACUCAGCUACUCUCACAUCUGCUUUCAAGUUUACACGAUACAGCCUCUCCACAAGGCUGCAUGCUCCUUCAUUACACUUGUUUCCUAUGCCUGUUCAAGAGACUACUGUGGUGAUAUGUUAUAAAUGUGUAAUAUGACCUUAUUAUUAUGUUAUUAAAAAUAUGUACAUAGAAGGAACUCCAGUGCUACUGGGUCGUCCAGUGUUUAUGAUAACAGUCUCUUGUCAGGAGUCUUUUGCAAAGUGAAGUGUAUGGGAUUCAGGUUAUGGUUUUGUUUGUCAUUUUGUCGUUUUGUUUUGUUGAUUUUAACGAGGUCGGUGCUAUCCGGGAUCUUUGGGACGUCCCUACCCUAAACACUAACCCUUAUCCUAACCCUAACUAUAACCAUAAACCUUACCUAAACCGAACCAUUUUUAAAAUGUCAACUUCAAUGGGGUAGGGACGUCCCAAGAAUCCCAGAUAGCACAUACCAUUUUAACAGAGCCACUUGAUGUGUUCAGUUGGUGCCACUUCUUCUCAUGUGAGAUAAUACAUGUGGUGCGACGAGAGAUUGACUUUCAGACACUUACGAUCAUCACAGCACUGUUGCCAUUGUGUUUGAUACCGCGACUGCGGUGUUCAAUGUUUAUCAGCCAUAAUGUAUUGUAAUGCCUUUCUCCUCCAUCUGUCGUUUGUCUGUGUUCCCCCCCCCCCCCACAAUUCUACGUUGACGCUACGUUUGUUCUGAGACAUCAGUGUUAAGAGUAACCAAAUCAGGACUUGAAUUUAUUUUGUCUCUUUAUUGGUGUAUCAUUAUCGUUGUUGUGAUAGUUGCCGUUGAGGCUGUCAUCUUUUUGUUGCAACAGCUUUACUUGAGUGGUAAUGGGGAUUUUGUUGAGACGAAAUACAUUUUUUAUCGCCUCUCUGUACCAAGAGGUGUGUGUGGUUGGUUGGUUAUCACUACUGCUCUGUUCAUUUGAUGUCAACACAGUCCAACCUUUACGAUAGACACACACACACACACACACACACACACAGUCCUCUGCUAUGUAUGUCCCAUACAACCUUUGAGCCAGCCAAAUCCUUCACCUCUGAUUUUUACAUUGGUUAAAAUAUGAAUUAACCUUUCCAUCCACUUCACUACCGGGCUUUCCUGAACAGUAGCAUUUACGCCAUGCUAAAUGUGUAUUUAAAUGCCUCGCAGAGAAAAGGCAAUCAGUUUCAAUCGUCCAGUGUGUUUAAACAGAAGAUAACUAUCUCUGGUACUGUAAGAUAAAUACCGCUAUACUCUCACUCUCUAUACCGUGCAAUAUCCUAUGUGUCCUGUAGGGGGACCUAUCUAUCUAUCUAUCUCUUCUCACCAGUACUUAACCUGGAGUUAAAUCAGUAUUAUAGUCUUGCCAUUCCUGUACUGUACUUGCCAUCAAAUGCAUUACAACAAGGACACAUCUGAAACAACACAAUCAAAGUCUUGUCAUAGGGAAGGUGUAGGACUUGAUCGCAGAAUAGUCAUCAUAAUGAAUAGGGAAUUUCAUGUAGCCUAUGUGUUUUGUCACAAGCUUGCCUCUUCUUCAGUGUGCGUUGUUCCAUCCAGGUUCUCCACUGUGUCCCGAAACCAGUAGAGACUUCACUUGCUGCUUGUUGUCUACUAUUCGGGUGAAGCAGCUGAACCAUGGUGGUAUUUUAGGGAGCAGGCACCUCGAUCAGUCACAACCAAACCUGGGUUGUGUGCAUUAGGCACCGAAUGAAAGAAAACUGACUGAAACAGGAAGGGACUACCCGAACUGACUACCAAUAAGAACCGCUUGUUUUUGUUUUACGUAGCAAAGCUUUUUGCUACGGUGUGCUCUAAUGAAUAUGACCCUGGUUAUCAGAAAGAGCACUCAGAAGUUCAGUUUGAGAGGGGAGCACUGGGGGUUGUUGAGGGGCGUGGGAGAAAAUAACCAUUCGUGCUGGUCAAGAACCCACACUAAGCACGGUAUUUGUACAUCCUAAGGCUGGCAUUGGCGUCCUGCUAAAGUGAAUGUACCUAUCAUUGGAAGGCAAUGCUCUGCUUUCUCUUGUCGUUUUAUUGUUAUUUUUAUAUACAGUAUGUAUAUUGUAUUUAUGAUCAUGCUUAUGAGUGUA